AUGCAAAUACUUGUACUGAUUGCUCUGCUACCAUCAACUGCUCUUGGUCUCGACAAUGGAUUGGCGAGGACACCACCCAUGGGUUGGAUGUCAUGGACACAAUUCCGAUGUCAAACGAAUUGUGAAAAGCAUCCUGAUGACUGUAUCAAUGAGAAACUUUACCAGACAAUGGCAGACAGACUCGAAAUUUUGUCACAAAUAAGCUUUGCAAAAUCUCCUUUUCAGUUUCUGAUGGCUAUCUUGAAGCCGGCUAUAACCACAUUCACAUUGACGACUGUUGGAUGGAAAGAAGCCGUGAUGCUGAUUCCUUCGGGAAUUAAGGCACUCUCUAAAUACGUUAGGCCAACAAAGUUGGGGCAAAGGACUUACUUAAAGAAAAAAAUAUUCUUGGUCACACCGCAAAAAUGUAAACUCUGUUUUUUAUUUCAAUACUUACAGAUGCAUGACAGAAAUCUCUACUUGGGCAUAUAUGAAGACUGGGGAAAUAAAACCUGCGCUGGAUAUCCAGGUAGCGAAGGUCACGUUGAGAUUGACGCUCAAACUUUCGCCGACUGGGAGUGCGAUUACCUGAAACUGGACGGUUGCCAUAUGAAACAGUCGGAGCAAGGUGUUGGUUAUCCAGAAAUGGAAAAAGCUUUGAAUGCAACCGGACGCCCAAUAAUGUAUUCAUGUGAAUGGCCAUAUUAUCUGAUUGAUGAGCAAAAACAGAUCAAUUAUACUGCAAUAGCGCAGUCAUGCAAUCUAUGGAGAAACUUCAAUGACGUCUCCAACUCCUGGCUAUCGAUUUUGAGUAUUAUGGCUUUCUACGAUGCAUACCAGAACGAAUUGAUUGAUGUAAAUGGACCUGGUCAAUGGAACGAUCCUGAUAUGCUCGUCAUAGGAAUGAAAGAUGGAUUGACAGUCGAUCAAGCAAAAGUUCAAAUGAGUGUAUGGGCAAUAUGGUCCGCCCCAUUGAUCAUGUCGAACGAUCUCAGGACCAUAGAUCCCAAAUUCAAAGAAAUUCUUCUUAACCGAGACGUGAUUGCCAUAGAUCAGGAUCCGAUGGGGAAAAUGGGAAGAUUGAUGCUAUCAAACGACAACACUGGAGUUUAUGUGAAACCGGUAAUGCCGCGAGAAGUCAGCGACACAUCAUUUGCGAUAGCAGUUGUCAAUAAACACCUCUUCACGACUUACACUGUCAAGUUCGCCUUAAACAAGGUUGGCAUGAACCGUGCAACUGGUUACCAGAUUAAAGAUCUCUGGUCUGGACAGGAUAUGGGUAUAUUCAAGCCAACGGACACGUUCACUGCAAAUGUGCCUGCUACCGGCGUGGCAAUGUUCAAAGCGACAAUAGUUUGA